UUAUAGUAGGUUCUGUAUAGUAGGUUCUGCAUUUAGCACGCAUUCAUCCAUGAGCACAUAAAAAAGAGGGAAGUGUCUGUCUGCGACUGAUGCUGCGUUGAGUAAUGACGUUUGGUGCAAGAGGCGCGGCGACCGGACAGAGCGCGUCUGAGUGAGGUCCUGCUGUCAAACAGCUGGGACCAAGCUGGGAAAAGGGGCAGUCAAGUGCCCUCCACGGCUACGAACUUUGGCACUGCUCUGUUCCAAUCUCAGAAACAAGGACUUUGGCUCAUCUUCGCGUCUGGAGUAAUGGAAAAGCACAAAGUGCUGGAUCAGCUGCUGGAGGAGCUGCAACACUUCCUGAAACUCCUGGACGGGGAGCACCUGAGCGGCACUGCCGCUGUGCGGAAGGGCCUUCUCGCUGAACUGCUGCAGGCCUACAAGUCCUCCAACGGAGGAGAUGAAGAAUACAUCUACAUGAACAAGGUUAUUGUCACUGGGCAGAACCAUGACAAAACAGACAGAGAGCACAGAGCAGAGGCAGAGGCCAAUGGACGAGCGGCAAAGCCCAUCUUCGCACCACAGAAGAGUCUCCCAGAGCUGCCUCUGCCCAGAACCGGCCUGAUUGCAAGAGAGCCUUUCCCUCUUCCUCCAACUCCAACUACAGAAAGACUGGACGCCCAAGAGAGCUACUACGAGGAGGCUCAGCCGUACGAUUCCACCAUCAAUGAUGAGGCUGAGGCAGUAAGCAGCUCCUACGAGUCCUACGACGACGACGAGAUCUCCACGAAAAAGUCGACUGCGCAGCACCAGUGGCCGUCCACGGAAGCGUCCAUCGAACUGAUGAGGGACGCACGCAUCUGCGCCUUCCUCUGGAGGAAGAAGUGGCUGGGCCAGUGGGCCAAGCAGCUGUGUGUCAUCCGAGAGAACCGCCUCCUUUGCUACAAGAGCUCAAAGGAGCAGACCCCACUGCUGGACGUCAGCCUGAUGGGCUGCAGCGUCGUCUACAAGGAGAAGCAGCUCAAGAGGAAAGAGCACAAGCUGAAGAUUGUCCCACAGGGCGGCGAGACCAUCGUCCUGAGCCUCCAGAGCCGAGAGCAGGCCGAGCAGUGGCUGAAGGUGAUCCAGGAGAUCAGCCCCAAAUCUGCAGAUGGCUCAGACGUUGGCGAUUCCCCCAGACUCAUCUGUACUAAGGGUGAGAUCAGCGAGAGGUACUCCAUGGCGUCGGAGAGCGGCAGCAGCACAGACAGCCACGCUGAGAUCCUCGAGAAAGACGUUAAGAAGAAAUAUGGUGCUGGCCUAAAGUUAAGCAACCUGAUGAACAUUGGGAAGAAGAAGAUUUCCUCAUUAGACAGCCCAGAGAAGAACAUGGAAACAUCAGGCUACCUGAAUGUCUUAGUGAAAAGCCAGUGGCGGAUGCGUUGGUGCCUGAUAAAGAAUGGGCAGCUUUGGUUCUACCAAGACAAGGGCAGGUCCAAGCAGGCUCAGCAGCCAGUGCAGCUGGAAGGGUGCAUGGUCCUGCCAGACCCCAGCCCGGACCACCUCUACUCAUUUCGCAUACAGAUGGAUGGAGAGGAACUCGCCAUCCUGGAGGCUAAGUCAUCAGCAGACAUGGGCCAUUGGCUGGGACUGCUACUGUCACAAACUGGCACUAAAACUGACCCAGAAGAUUUGACUUAUGACUACGUCAACUCUGAGAGGAUAUCCAGUAUAGUAAAUGCCGCCAAGACGUCCAUGUACCUGAUGCAGAGGAGAUACUCGGAGCCCAAUGCUUACAUAGACAACCUCCCAUUAGACAACCAGGGCUCUGAGGACAUAUACGAUGACGUGGCGUCCAUAGAGAAUGAGCAAGAGGACGGACCGGACGGCGGCUGUGAGCGGGGGGUGACCAUGGAACGGGAUGGGAAGGAAAGGGUGCAUCUGGACCUGAUGCCUGUGCGCUCCUUCCUCCACACAAACGCAGGCAUGGUGUCCCCGCAGAGAGAGCCCAGCCCCACCACGACACCCACCGACGAGCACCAGCACCCUGGGAAUGAGCCUGUUAGACCUGCAGAGCCAGAGUAUGAGACCUCAUUACCUGCAUCAGCGGAGCACCUCAAUCCUCCACCCGUCACCGCCAGGCCGGACCUGGACACCGCGCCCCGUCCCCACGCCCAGCUCCAGCGGGUCCAGCUCCCUGUUCAGGAGAGCCAGAAGCACUCCUCUACCCCCAGCACCGUAGCUCCUCGGGGCCAGAUUCAGACUCAGUCCCACACAUCUUCUCAAACGCCCCACAGCCCACUAGUCAGCAGGGGAAGAGCUGCAAGCACCGACAGGCUCCACGAGAGAAGCAAGCUGUGUGCGGCAGCAGGCUCGGGGCCGACUGUGGUCAAGCUGGGGAAGAACCGGACAGAAGCCGACGUGCGCCGCUUCACAGACGAGAGGGACAGGCUGGAGCGGGAAAGGGAGGAGGUCAAGAACACCCUGGCCACACUGAGGAAGGAGCGCAGGGAAGCAAAAGAGGAUCUGAGCUCCUGUCAAGAGCCCUCUAAACAGCCUUCUUUGGAGGCAUAUCUGAAGCAGAAGGAGGAGGAGUGUCGGGAGGCGGAGCAGCGGCGAGUGGAGGUGGAGCUAAGUCUGGUUGAGGUGAAGGAGAGCUUAAAGAAAGUGGAGGCUGGACCUUUUACUCUGGGCACCACGGUGGACAGCGGCCUCCUGGACUGCCCCAUGCCCAAGCCCCUCCCUUCACCUGCAGCUGCCCCCGCUGCCCCCGCUGCCCCUGUUGCCCCCGUCAACAACGGGGAUUCCUCACCUGUCAACUCCACCACAGCUCUGAAGAGCAGGCCCCUGUCCAUCAUGGCAGCCAGCAAAGGGAACGUACUGCAGAAGGCCAAGGAGUGGGAGAAGAAGUCCAGCACCUAGGCACGGAGACGAAGAGCGAGUCCAGCAAGGGACACGAUGACAUCCCGGACUAAGCAGAGCCCCAGCCAGCUCAAGCUGGAAUGUUGACUUUGGCCAGGGCUUUUGGAGUGAAAGGGGUAGGGCGAGCCCUCGCUGACCUACGGGCUCCGUCCGUCCGUCUCCAAGGCUCCGCCCCCUACCCCUGCUUCUGCUCCAGUGAGAG